AUGCUUGUUGCCAAUGGGGGGUGGACCCCUGGAUGUGGCGCACGUGGCUUGACUCCCCAUGACAUCAACUCGCCCUCCAGGCCUCGAGCACAGACAGACAGACAGACAGACAGACAGACAGACCCUCGGACGUGCAGUCUUCCGGUCGGCUGGAUGCCCAAACUGCCCUUCCGCCGCAAGCCCUCCUCCGCCCACACUGCCUCGUCGUCUCUCCUUCGUUUCCUCUUUCCCAAGACUCGCGCACGCGCACGCAACCAGCUCUCCAGGUUCCGCCUCGAUACCCUCCCUGCCCUCAAGCACCGUGCACAGUCGCGCAUCUACCAGUACAUUCUCCGUCGCCAGGCCCUCAAACUCCAGGGAAGGCAGACCAUCCUCCAGCGUGUGCGGGGCCAUACUCGCAGGCUUAUAGGAGGCGGCAGCGGCAGCGGCAGCAGCAGCGGCUACCUUGAAAAUGCCGCAAGAACGCGUCGACAGCAUCUCGUGAAGCGAUCUGCAGCACAGACCUCGGAGGAUCGAGAAAUGACGUACCAGGAAAGCUAUGAGGCACGAGAGCCGGGUACUCGGCGAAGGAAGCUGGCGGGCUAUCUCAAGGCUGCCAAUGAAAUCCGACAGAGCUACACACAGCAAUACGCCCCCAGCUGGAGCAGCAAGGAACCCCAAUAUGACUACAACGGCGAGGAUGAUGCGGGUGCCUUUCCCGACGCCGCUGUGGUGCGGAGCGGCGAGGAAGAGAUGAUCUUGUUCCCUAGCUAUGCCAGGAAACACAUCAAGAGGAAGCCAGAUGUACAGCCUGGCACAAUCCAGCAAGACCAAGCCGAGGGCCGCGAUGUUCGAGAAUCGACGGGCGCUGGAGAUGCCGAGUUCUGGAAGAAGCAGUGGGACAAUUACGAGGACGACAACGCUGUGGUCGAUGUCGAUGUCCGUGGCUGGAUCUACUCGCCGCACAAGGGCCAGAUGUCGCGAAAACAGAGGUUGUUCAUUGGCCUCGCGCGACAAUUGGUCGGUGUCCAAGCCCCUCCAGCGGAGUCAACUUCAUCGGCCAGCAGCCGUGAUACCAGCCCGUCACGCCAUGGCUUCCGGGAGCGUACCCAUAUGCGGGACGCACAACGCGACGAAGCAAUCGCGGCUAGGGAGGCAGAAGAAAUCCUUCGCAAGGGCGAGCGAGAAGCCAGAAUGGCCGCCAUGGGAGCCUACAGUGAGAAGCCGGCCAAAGACAUCGAUGACACAGAAACAUACCGGCCAGAUGGCGGCGGCGACAUGCGGGCUGGCAAUCUUAGGGCCAGACAGCUGGCCCACAGCACAUCCAACAGCUCCAUGAGAAGCGAGGAGAGCAUUCAGCCGCUAAAAAAGAGAACUUCCUGGAACCAACCUUCAGAGAUGAGUCCAGCCGAGUUGGCGGAAGCCAAUGCCAGACUCAUGGCCAGACUGCGACAUUUCUUAGCCAUCCCCAUGGCCAACACUCCAAUCACUGUGUUCUUCUACAAUGACCAGAUAUCGAAGCAGAGAACUGUGUAUACUGAUGCAUCGGGCCACUUCAGCAUGAGCGCCGCAUUAGACUUUAUACCUACCCAUGUUCGAAUCUUAGCGUCCGACAAGCUCUCAGCAACAGAAAAGGUGCUCAUCACGGAUGCACAAGGCAUCAGCGUGAUCAGUGACAUCGAUGACACGAUUAAGCACUCAGCCAUCAGCAGUGGUGCUCGCGAGAUAUUCCGCAACGUCUUCAUACGCGAUCUGGCCGAUCUUACUAUCGAUGGCGUGAGGGAGUGGUAUAAUCGCAUGGCAGAAAUGGGGGUCAAGUUUCACUACGUCUCGAAUUCACCAUGGCAGCUCUAUCCUGUGAUUUCAAAGUACUUCUCGCUCGCUGGAUUACCACCUGGUUCAUUUCAUCUGAAGCAAUACAGCGGUAUGCUUCAAGGCAUCUUUGAACCAGUGGCGGAACGCAAGAAGGUCACUUUGGACAAGAUUGCACGAGACUUCCCAGAACGCAACUUCAUACUGAUUGGAGAUAGUGGAGAAGCUGACUUGGAGGUAUACAGCGACUUUGUCAUCGAGAAUCCUGGAAGAGUUGUCGCAGUCUUUAUUCGCGAUGUGACGACCACCACUGAAACUCCUGGAUUCUUCAGUCCAUCAAUGGGUGAAAAUCAUUCUUCCUCAGAUGCAUCUUCAACACAACAAGCAGGUGAUAGCACCACCCAAAGACUCAGCAAAUCCCGUCCGUCAGAGGAGGAUGAUCCUGAACUCCGAGCCGCGAUAGCAGCGUCCCUGCGUGACAUGGAUGAAGAAAAUAGCAGGCGAUCAAAUGCUAAGUCAUCUCAACAUGGCGUCAACGAGCAUCCAGAUAGCAGGCCGCCGCUGCCAGCCCGAAAAUCUUCUCAGCCAUCUCCAUCCAGUCGGACGGGAUCGACACCAAACCUGAUAGACCUAUCAUCAGACAACGAGCAUGAUCGCGCUGCUGCACUGAGGCGUGUAUACACGGAUAGUAAGGAUACUCCCAGCAAGGACCGCAAUUCAGCAUCGAGCGCUGUUCCCAAAUCAGCACCUCCACCCCCAAGAAAACCUGCAGCUCUGAAAGGCGCCUCUGCCGACUCGGGUUCAGGAAACCCAGCGAUGAUGAAAAAGCCAACACCACCUCAGCCUCGGAAGCCAUCAACAACGCUUAACCAGUCCAGUCCGCUCUCACAGCAGCCUUCGUCCGCCAACACCACACAUGACACGAACCCAGUCGCCGUGCCCAAACCCCAAUCUAUCUAUGAUAGCCAAUCACAGAGCCAACAAUCAUACGGAGGUAUGGCCCGUGAAAAGCUCUGGUCAGUAUAUAAUGCAUUACCUGCACUUCGGUCCACAGACGAUGCACCACAAUCGUCUUCGUCCACUCUAGAAGCCGACACUGGCAGAAAGGCGCCGCCACCGCCUCCGCCCCGCCGUGGAAACCGUGAAACGGCUUCAAGUGCAGCUUCGUAUGUAGGAUCCAAAGCAUCAGCAGCAUGGCAACACGCGCCCUCACUACCCUACGCCAGUCGCCCCCAAAUCACUUCCAUGCAAACGUCUCAACCCUUCUCGAGCGCGGCGCCACUGCAAAGGCUGAAUCGCACGAAUACAGGCUCCACAAUUGGGACAGUCGGAGGCGAACAAUACGGUACUAAGCGAGAGCAAUUGUGGCGACAACGAUGGGCAAGAGCUGAACAGGUGCUCGGGGAACGUGGUGUCUUGUUGAGAAGCUGGAGGGUGGGAACUGAUCUUAUUGGGGAGUCGGAGAGGAUUAUCCGGGAAGCGGAGAAGAAGUGGAAGGACAGCCAAGGACAGGAUUCUCAGGGGAGGAAGUAG